UUGUGUAUGACUUACUUGCUCAGAAGAGCAACGUUGGGGAGCGGCUCAAAAGACCAGCCCGCGCGCAGGUCCUAAGCGGGCGACUGAGCUCAGCGCCUCUCUCUCUCCUUCAGGCCCAGGAUGAAGUCCUGCAAGCCCAGCAACCCAGCGGCGGCAGCGCGCGCCGCGCCCGCGUGCGCAGGCGGCGCCGAGUGCGCGGGUACGUGCGCCGGAGCCGGGAGGCUGGAGAGCGCGGCGCGCAGGCGCCUGGCGGCCAACGCGCGCGAGCGCCGACGAAUGCAGGGACUCAACACCGCCUUCGACCGCCUGCGCAGGGUGGUGCCCCAGUGGGGCCAGGAUAAAAAGCUGUCCAAGUAUGAGACCCUGCAGAUGGCGCUGAGCUACAUCAUGGCGCUGACCCGCAUCCUGGCCGAGGCCGAGCGAUUCGGCUCGGAGCCGGACUGGGUCAGUCUCCACUGUGAGCACUUUGGCCGCGAUCACUACCUUCAAUUCGCGGGCGCGAAGCUGCCGGGUGAGAGCGAGCCCUACGGCCAGAGGCUCUUUGGCUUCCAGCCGGAGCCCUUCCAGAUGGCCAGCUAGGGCGCGCGGCCCUGCCAGGGUGAGACGCCCAGCGACUGAGCACCCGAGCUACCGGAGCCGUAGCUCUUUCCCCAGUAGGUGGCUUGGGAUGC